AUGAAUGCACUGCAGAGGAACCAAACUGAAAUUACUGACUUUAUACUUUUGGGAUUUGGGGAGCUCCAUCAUCUGCAGAUCUUCCUGUUCUUUGUGUUUUUAGUGAUCUUCAUUUCUACUAUAAUGGCCAAUUUACUUACUGUUAUUGUAAUUGUGAUUGAUCAGUCCCUGCACACUCCAAUGUAUUUCUUUUUGGGAAAUUUAGCCUGCUUGGAGAUGAUAUAUAGUUCAGCCAUUCUUCCUAGAAUGAUAGCUGCUCUCAUGACUGGAGACAACACCAUCUCUGUAAAAGGAUGUAUGACACAGUUUUAUUUUGGUUCAUUCCUGGUUUGUACAGAAUGUUAUCUUCUCUCUGUGAUGUCUUAUGACCGUUUCUUAGCUGUUUGCAAGCCUUUGCAUUAUGCAACUCUUAUGAAUAGCAAGGUCUGCAUUCAGCUUGCAGCAGGCUCAUGGCUCAAUAGUAUUUUAGCCAUCUCCCUGUAUUUGGGCUUGAUUUUACAACUGCAGUUCUGUGGACAAAAUGAAAUUGACCAUUUCUUUUGUGAGGCUCUCCCACUGCUGAAACUCUCCUGCAGUGACAUGUUUCUGGUAAAGUUUGUUACUUUCACUGUGGUUUUUAUCAUAACUUUCCCUCCUUUUGUUUCAACUUUGAUCUCCUAUAUCUAUAUUAUUGUUGCCAUUUUGAAAAUCCCAUCUGCCACAGGCAGACAAAAAGCUUUUUCUACUUGCUCUUCUCACUUGAUUGUUGUCUCUAUUUUUUAUGGAGCCAUUGUAGUUGUAUAUCUCAUACCAAAAACAGAGGAAGUGAAAGAUUUCAAUAAGAUAUUUUCUCUCUUGUAUACGGUUCUGCCCCCUUUACUCAAUCCUCUCAUAUACAGCCUGAGGAAUAAGGAUGUCAAAGCUGCUCUGAGAAAGAUGGCAGGAAAGUUGUUGGAUGUACAAUGUGUAAAUCAGUGA